GCUCGGCGGCGGCGAGGAGCGGCGCGGCGGGCGCGAUGGAGCUGCGGCGCACGCUCCAGGUUUGCCGCUUCCACCUGCAGCUGCUUCAGCGCAAGAGGAGCCCCUGGCUGGUCUCUCUGCCCUGCCGGCCACACAGCGAGGCCCGGUCAGCCAGCUCCACCGGACAGAGGGGGCUGCUGAAGAGGACCUUUCUGGGAGCAGCCGUGGGGCUUCCCCUCGUGAUGGGUAUCUAUUACGGCUUGGCAGAAAAGCAGGAGCAGCGGAAGAUGCGGUUACUGGCCGGUGGCGUGGUGCGCUUUGUCAGGUCCCUGCAGCUGGGAAUCCAGAUCUCCUUGGAUUACUGGUGGACAAAGCACAUCAUGUUGAGAGGCCUUGCUGAGAACAGCCCGGAGUACACGGCGGCCAUGUCGAGGUGUCACCAGCGCUCCGCCGAGAGCAUCGUCUUUGGGGCCACCCAGAACGGGGGCCUCUACAUCAAGCUGGGCCAAGGCCUGUGUGCCCUCAACCACCUCCUCCCCCAGGAAUACGUCAAUACACUGCGCAUCCUAGAGGACCGGGCGCUCAGGCGGGGCUACAUGGAGGUGGACGAUCUCUUCCUGGAGGACUUCAAUGCCAAGGCAGACCAGCUGUUCCUGGAGUUUGACUACCAGCCCAUUGCCGCUGCCAGUUUGGCCCAGGUGCACCGAGCUCGGCUUCACGACGGCACCCCGGUGGCUGUAAAGGACGGCCCCGGUUCCCAGGGCAUCACCGUCUCCUGCUCCCCUGCGCAGGUGCAGUACAUUGACCUGAGGGACCGGUUUGACAGCGACAUCCGCACUCUGGAGUUUCUGCUGUGGAUAGUGGAGCAGAUGCACCCCAGCUUCGGCUUCAGCUGGGUCUUGCAGGACCUGAAGGGGACGCUGGCCCAGGAGCUGGAUUUUGAGGUGGAAGCCCGCAACGGGGAGCGUUGUGCCCGGGAGCUGAGGCACUUCCAUUUCGUGGUGAUCCCUCGCGUGCACUGGGAGAAAAGCAGCAAGCGGGUCCUGACGGCGGAUUUCUACGAAGCCUGCAAAAUCAACGACCUGGAGGGGCUCCUCAGGCAGGGCUUAAGCCCCAAGGAUGCAGUGCAGAAACUAAUCCAGAUGUGCGCUGAGCAGAUCUUCCUCACUGGGUUCAUCCACGCAGACCCUCACCCGGGGAACGUGCUGGUGCAGAAGGGCCCUGAUGGCAAAGCUCAGCUGGUUCUCCUGGAUCAUGGCCUGUAUGAGAUCCUUCGCGAGAAGGAACGAGAAGCCUUGUGCAAGCUCUGGCGCGCCAUCAUCCUGCGUGACAACGCCUCCAUGCAGCGGUACUCCAAGCAGCUGGGUGUGAAAGAUGAGGAUUACUUACUUUUCUGCGAGAUCCUGCUGCAGCGGCCCAUCAGCAUGGCACAGCUGGCGCUGUGCAACGUGCUGACACAGGAGGAGACGGCCUACAUGCAAGACAUGGCCAAGAAUCACUUUGGCCGCAUCAUGCAAGUGCUCAAGGACCUGCCCAGGUCCAUGCUGCUCGUCUUCCGGAAUGUCAACACCGUCCGGGGCAUCAACGUGGCUCUGGGCACCCCCGUGGACCGCUACUACAUCAUGGCCAAAAGUGCGGUGAAAUGCUGGAGCCACACAGUCAGCCAGAAGUCUGGGGCCCUGGCCAACUUCUUCCUCAUCCGCUGGAUCCGCGCAAUUUGGGAUGGCUUUGUGUUUGAACUUACUCUCAGGAUCCAGGUCACCUCCAUGAAGCUAGCGACUUCCUUGCUGCAAUUCCUGGUUUAUGUCGGUUUCUUGAAACACAGCGAAGAGCAAGAGCAAAUCUACGAGUUCCUGCAGGCAUGAGCUGAAGGCAAGGCCCUGGAAGAUGCCCGCGUGCCCAGCUGGCGGGUGCAGGGGGUGGUUGUGCCCAGAGACUGUGUCCUCUUUUUAUAGCAGCAGAGCUCAGCCCGUGGACUGGGAAACUGGACACUCAAGAAAGUCCCGUAGUCUUUCUGUAA